UUACAUUUUGCACAUACUAUAUUUUUAUAAUUUGGUGACAAAAAUUUUAAAGAUGCUUACUAGCAUAAUAAGUUAUGCGAUAGUUGGAAAUCCAGUUAGUAAAAAAAUUGGUGAAUUCUUGUGGGGUCAGCAAGGUUCCGCAAUAAAGACGGCUGUUACGAACACCACCCAAGCUCUAGACAAUCCAGUUCUAACCACUUCACCAACAAUCCGUAGUCUUAUGUAUAAUGACGUUAACAUGAUUAGAAUUGCAUGUGUUAGUGGCGCAGCUGCUGUUCUUAUUGGUGCAAUUGGUUCACGUUGCCACCAUAACAAUACUGGGAAGGGGAAUGAUAGUUAUAGUUUCGGUACAGCAAACCAAUUUCAUGCUUUUCAUACAUUAGCACUUUUUUUUGUCCCGUUGGCGAAGUAUCCUAAAGUAACUACUGCACUAAUGGUAGUAGGAAAUGUAAUGUUUUGUGGAGUACACUACUAUCAAGGCUUAACUGGCAAGAGGAUCUGCAGAAGUAUUGCACCAAUGGGAGUCACUUGUCUAAUAAUGGGUUGGAUAUCUUUUAUAAUAUAAUGCUAUUAUAUUAUGCAAUACAAAAUUCAUUAGUUUUCAAAUGAACAAUUGAUCAAUUGAUUCAAACUUGAAAUAAACGUGUGUGCAAAGCAUGUUUUUAAAUAUAUUUGCAUUAACA